ACUCUCUCCUCUAUAAACAACCAGCUACCACCCCCAUUGAGACUCUCCCUCAGACUACUCAGGCCUCCUGUAGUCUUUAUCAGUACCUCUCGUGUCGUCUGCAACCAUCUAUUCCACAUUAUGACUCUUUAAGCGUGCUUGUCAUCGUCGCGGCGUGUGGUGCGUCGCGUGCUCCAACACCAGUAACUGGGCCCCUCCCUCGCUAGGUACUGUCGAUUAUCUACUACUACUACUACCUCUGCCAUUUGUACCUAUCCAUACCACAUGGCCGCUGUAUUUGUACCCCCUUCUCCUCAGACAUCCUUCGCCAUGUCUACCCGCCGACCGCCCCUCGCUAACGUUCCCAAUGCCGCCAACUCGCCUCACCACGGCGGGAACGCUGCUGUAAAAAGAGCUCGCACGGGGUCUCAUGUCGACCUGAAUUUAUAUGGACAGCCCCCUUCCAAGAAGCAGAUGGUCGACCGGGAAGAUAUGGCUACACACUCUCCCGUCAAAACACGAACGAUCAUCUCCCAGAAUGCUGAAUCGAAGGUGUUCUCACGACGGACUAAUAACGCACAGGCAACUGCUUUCGAGAAAAAGCUCAUUGCAGCAAGAGAUAAAGAUCGGCAACCUCAGCUGAGAAAAUAUGAAAAGGUCACUGCCGAGUCGUUGGAUAAUAUCAAGCAAUGGCAAAGACAUUACCGUAAGGCGUUUCCGGGCUUUGUGUUUUACUUUGAUAGUAUCCCUGCGGAUGUGAGGAGCAGAAGUCUCAGGGAAGUGGCUGCAUUGGGUGCCCGCGAAGAAAGAUUCUUUUCUCGGACUGUUACCCAUGUUGUUACGUCGCGACCAAUACCUGAACCCGAUGCUCCUAGUCCAACUGAGAGUCCUACGCUUGAGGAGCCCCCUGUGGAUGGUCCGCUUCAAACCGUAAAUCCAUCGUUGUUAGAAAAAAAUGAUCACCGAAGGGACCAAGGAAACAACACCGAUGUGUUGUAUCGGGCACGACAGAUGGGUAUGAAGAUCUGGGCUAUCGAGAAACUGCAGCGUAUGUUAGCGGCGAUCCAUGAGACAGACCCUCCUCUACCUUAUCAGACCGGCCGAGCCGGAUUUUCCACCACCAAGGCUCGCGGGGAUACAGAACUCUCUCAAGUUCUUCGAAAUGAACGUUUGCACGGCCCCUCUGAUCGCGAUCCGUCACACCUCUUGAAAGAUCUGGUGUUAUUCAAAGGCCCCUACAUCUAUAUACAUGACAUGGAUGAAAAGACUCGACCGGUCAUGGUCAGAGAAUAUCAAAAGGUUGCGAAAAGGCAAGAUGGAUCUUGGCCUCAAUUCCGCAGUGCUCCCCUCGGAAAAUGCCCGUUUAUUGAAGAGGCUCCAUCCAGAAAAGAAAUCGCUCGCAUGAGAGAAGAAAGAAAAAGAGCGGCUCUUCAAUCUGCUAUAAAAGUCGAUAAGUCGGAUAAAAAAACCCAGCAACAAGAAACACACGAGCAGGACAACUCUCAUCAACAAGAGAACGCGAACAUCGUCCCAGUCAAGGAAGACGUGGUUGUAUCAACCCGAGAGCAGACCGAACAAGACGAACCGCCAAAAAUAUUUGCUGCUCCGGGAUCUCCUCGCAAGAGCUCAGAAGGCUUUAUCGCGCCGACUUUGACCCGCACGGGCUCAUUCCAUCUGGGUCGGGAGCCAGCUGCUUCUGGAGUCCAGCCUUCUAAUAUCACAUCAGCGAUCCGGUCGCAGAUGAUGUCCUCUACUGCAGCUGCCCCUGGAGCCAAGGCAGGUCUGAGCAAGGAAGUACAUGAACUGAAACGCAAGGUUUUGGAAAAGAGCAACGGAAAUAUAAUCAACAGCACGAAUAUUUCAUCGCAGCGACCACUCGACAUGCUGGUGAAUCUGAAGCCCAUGCCUAUCAUGCCUUCUCGGUCUAAAAGACCAGCGGAGAAGAUCAGUCAUGUCCAUGAAGAAGAUACGACACAGUCAGAAGACAACGGUGGUACUAAGUCUCGGGUUCGCGAUUGCGUUGGCCUUGAACAGAAAAAGGUCAGAGAAAAGAUUCGUGAUCCAAAGCCAGGUUACUGCGAGAACUGCCGGGAUAAAUUCGAGGACUUUGAUGAGCACGUAAUGACGAGAAAACACCGAAAAUUUGCGACUACCUUGUCGAACUGGAGUGAGCUUGAUGCACUGCUUGCCAAGCUUGAACGUCCAAUAAAACAUUAAUACAAGAACAGUCACGAUCAGCUACAGAACCCUAGCAGGGUUGAAUUCAUGUUGCGUUUUCAUCGUUUGGGUUUCUAUUCGAUGCGCUGCACUCGUUAGCUUCGUUUUGAAUUUUAC